UCUCCUCCUGCUGGCUGCUCGGGGUCCACACGGAGCGGCAGCGGCGGCGGUGGAGAUGCUCGCCUCCUCGCGCUGACACGUUAUUGAUGAUCUAUCGUAUCGAUCAUGUUGUCGUAGCUCCGGGAUGGUGGCAGCCGCGGCAGAGGACGGAUAGUCGGACACAGAGCUCGCAGGGAGGCUCGCCGGCUGGAGGUGAAACCCGUAGCGCGGCGCUCCUGGAGGAGUCCGGCCCUCCGUGUUGGACUGUAGGGAACAUUCAGGACGUUUGUGGAGAUUUCGGACAUUUUGAGCGGCUGGACGCUGCGGGCUGCGCAGGCUGUGGGUGCGCUCGGUCCUUGAUGCCCCGGAGGCCCGGAGGAGCUCAGACUGCGGAGCCCCGGACCAGGGGUUGGAGACCGGGGAAGUAGAGGAGGACUCUGCCUGUCUGUCUGCUCAUCGGUCUGUCUGUCAGGACCCUGGUUAGCCCCACCCACCUGCCCCCCCACCCUGACUAUGAACCCCCUGAACCCCAUGAAGGCUGGCCUGGCCAACAACCCACACAGUGACGGUUCGUACCCCUACGACCCCUCCAGCUGGCAGCAGCCCACCAAUCAGCCCGCAGGAUCGCUCUCCGUGGUAACCACCGUCUGGGGAGUGACCAAUCCCUCGGCCAGCCAGGGUCUGGGUGGAGGGGUGAUGGGUCCCGGGGCCAGCCCUGGUGGGGGGCCCCUGCUGCAGGGCCCCGGGGGCCCCGGCAUGGCCGCAGGGCCCGGAGGCUACCUGGGCCAGCAGGGCUACGCCGAGCCCAGCAAGGGCUACCUGAACCAGGGCAUGUACGGCCGCGGGAGCGGGGGCUACGCCGGAGGACCGGGGGGCUACACAGGAAGUUACCCGUCCUCUGCCGGCGCCUCCAGAGGUUCUGCUGACUUCACCCAGGCUGCCGCUGCCGCCGCCGUCGCCGCUGCUGCAGCCACGGCGACCGCCACCGCCACGGCAACCGUCGCCGCCAUCCAGGAGAAACACAACCAGGAAAUGAACUACGGACAGAUGGGAGGUCCACCCUAUAACAACCAGUUCAUGGCCCAUGCCGGGCCCCGCGGCCCCCCCGGCAUGGCCCCAGGAGGAAUGGGCCCCGGCCCGGGACCUGCCAGGGGCCCCCCCUCAAUGGGCCCCAUGUACGGGCCUGGUGGGGGCCCCCAGAGGGUCGCCCAGCACCCAAACUACGGCCCGGGCCAGCAAGGCCCUCUGAGGCCCCCACAAGGCCUCAAACGCCCCUACAACUCUGAGUCUUUUCCAGCGAUGUCUCAGCAGUUCGGACUUCCUGUCAGUUCUGGCGUGAACGUCCUGUCCGGUCCCGCCGGAGCUGCCGGGUCGAUUCCCGGUUCAGGUGGAGGGAACCACGGCGGCUCAUACCCGGCCCCAGGCAUGCAGUAUCACCCAGGUCCUGGUGGUCCAGGCCCCGCCCCCCAGCGCUCUGGCUCCUCCCCCUCCUACCAGAGCCACAAGAUGCCCCUCCCACAGUACCCCCCCUCCGGCCCCCCCAACUCACAGUACUACAAGCAGGACCAGUUUAACGGUCAGGGCGGUGGCUUAAAUACUUUACCAGCAGGGGGUGCCGGAGCCUACAACUCCUUCAACCAGCCCACAGGGCCGGGACGAGGGUUGCCAGGUUACCCCAGCUCCCCCCUCCCUGGUAACCCGACCCCUCCCAUCACCCCUGGCAGCUCCAUGGCCCCGCCCUACAUGUCGCCUAGCAACAGUGACAUCAAGCCGCCACCCUCUUCCUUCCUGCCGGAUAUCAAGCCCAACAUGGGUAGCCUGGCCCCGCCCCCUCCUACAGGUAACCCCAGCGAUGACCUGCGGCUGACCUUCCCGGUGCGGGACGGCGUGGUCCUGGAGCCCUUCAGGUUAGAGCACAACCUGGCCGUGAGCAACCACGUGUUCCAGCUCAGAGACUCUGUGUACAAGACUCUGAUGAUGAGGCCGGACCUGGAGCUGCAGUUUAAGUGUUACCACCACGAGGAUCGGCAGAUGAACACUAACUGGCCCGCCUCCGUCCAGGUCAGUGUCAACGCGACCCCUCUCACCAUCGAGCGAGGCGACAAUAAAACUUCCCAUAAGCCUUUGUACCUGAAGCAGGUCUGCCAGCCGGGCAGGAACACCAUCCAGAUCACUGUCACCGCCUGCUGCUGUUCUCACCUGUUUGUGCUGCAGCUGGUUCAUCGUCCGUCGGUUCGCUCGGUGCUGCAGGGCCUGAUGAAGAAGAGGCUGCUGCCUGCAGAGCACUGUGUGACCAAGAUAAAGAGGAACUUCAGCAGCGGCUCUGUGCCCGGGACCCCCGGCCUGAACGGAGAGGACGGCGUCGAACAGACGGCCAUCCGCGUCUCGCUCAAGUGUCCCAUCACCUUCCGCCGCAUCCAGCUGCCGGCGCGAGGCCACGACUGCAGGCACAUACAGUGUUUUGACCUGGAGUCGUACCUGCAGCUCAACUGUGAGAGAGGAACGUGGAGAUGCCCUGUGUGCAAUAAAACGGCUCUGCUGGAGGGGCUGGAGGUGGAUCAGUACAUGCUGGGAAUCCUCAUCUACGUGCAGAAUUCGGAGUAUGAGGAGAUCACCAUCGACCCGGUGUGCAGCUGGAAGCCGGUGCCGGUGAAGCCCGACCUGCAUGUGAAGGAGGAGUCUGACGGGCCGGUGCUGAAGCGCUGCCGGACGCUCAGCCCCAGCCACAUGGUGCUGCCCAGCGUCAUGGAGAUGAUCGCCUCUCUGGGUCCCUCCCCCUCCUCCUCCUCCUCCGCGCCCGCCGCCGCCGCCGCCGCCUCCUCCUCCCCGAUGCCGUACCCCUCCCUGCCCACAGGGGGCGGCGGCAACAACAGCAGCAGCACACCGGACUAUCCCGCCACAGCUCCGUCCUUCUCCGGUCCGUCUGGAAGCUUCUCCGAUUUCGCCGCCGCUCCCGGGACUCCUGGGGUGGGAGGGGUGGGGGGCGUCGGGGGGGAGUUCUCCUCCCCCGGCCCUCCUCCUCUGUCCUACCAGGCCGAGCUGCCGAGCUCCCUGCUCACCCCCGACAAGCCCCCCCCCCACCCGCUGGCCGGACAGAUGUCUCUCCCGGGCCGUCUGGACUCCACUUCCCAUGGUGCUCCUCUCUCCCAACAGCAGCCGCAGGGUCUCCAUGGCAACUCCCACCUGGGGGGCGGCAACCCGGGCAACCAGAUGAUGCAGCGUAGCAACCAGAAUCCCCGUCUCCAAGGCGACGGCUCCUUCGGGCUGGGGGGCCCGGGGGGGGCGGAGGUUCCAGAAGCUUCCCUGGACUUGCUGCCGGAGCUGACCAACCCAGACGAGUUGCUGUCGUACCUCGGACCUCCAGAUCUGCCCAGCAACAACAACGACGACCUGCUGUCGCUGUUCGAGAACAACUGAACACACUGACACGCACACACACACACACACUCACACACACACACACACACACACACACACACACACACACACACUGUAUAUGCUUACACACCUCCAAGAAAAAAAAAAAAACACACACACAAGGGGAAAAGAGACUUCCUGUAAAAUAUGAACUCUCCUCACCCGCCAACAUGGCCACCCUUGGUCGGCUCCAACAUGGCCGCCGGCGGGGCGGGGCAGGGCGGGGCGGGGCGGACGACGGACAGAUAACGAGGAAAAAAACCAACAAACUUUUAAAUGAGAAAAUCUUUGAUGUCUGACUCUGAACUUGAUGGUGACUUUAUUUUAUUGUUUUUUAUCUUUGGAAAAAUGUAUCGAUCCUUCAUCCUCCAUUCCCCGUUAGAACAACCAGUCUCCUCCCUCAGUGGCAGCGUUUCCCAAACUGAGGUCCCGGGGCUCAGGAUGGGACGUCCCACGGUGGAAAAACUACAUUCACAGCCACUUUGGCCCCUGAGAACCUGAAUCUGCUGUCCCGGCUGAACCUACUGUCGCUUUUAAAGGGAAACUUUUCUAAAACACUGUAACUCUUCAAAAAAAAAAACAAAAAAACAAAAACAGCUGUUCUCCACCUGUCAGGCGUCUGCUGUC